UUAUGUUGUGCUGAAUAUUAAUAAGCUUGGCCAGCUGGAUUGUUUGUUCUUCUUAAUUUGAGGUUAUUUGGGCGUACGAUAGAAGUAUGCAUAUAUUACGCAGUCUGCGACAAAACUAUUCCGCAGAUUCCACUAAAAACUGCUGAAAAACGCGGAACGUUCGUGAUUAGUUCCGCUCUCGUUCGGCGCUCCGCUAUUCCGCUGCAUGGGUUUGCACCAUAAAACGGAAAUUCAAGUAUUCUCUGUACUCACAAGAAGUGUAUUGCAUUGGGAUAUUCGUUAAUUCUUAGCAAACAAUAUGGAGUCGAUGGAUUAUGAUGAAGAUCGCAGUAGUUGGCGUGAUGAGAUGGGUCGAAACAAUGAUGAGUGUGGUGGUGAAGACACAUCUGAAAAUCCGCAAGAAAUCUUGAACGAAUGUCUGGAUAAAUUUAAAACAGCUGAUUAUAUAAUGGAACCUGGGAUUUUUGUCCAACUUAAAAAAUACUUCCAAGCUGGUGGCAAUCCAGAGCAAGUUAUAGAAUUAUUGUCCAAAAAUUACACAGCUUGCGCACAAAUGGCAAAUCUUCUCGCAGAGUGGCUGAUUCUUGCUGCAGUAAAUGUUACUGAUGUACAAGCAAUGGUAGAAAAUAAUUUGAAGGAUAUGAUUCUUAAGACCUUUGACCCCAAGAAAGCAGAUAAGAUCUUCACAGAAGAAGGUGAGACCCCUGCCUGGUUGACUGAAAUGAUUCAGCAUCCUACUUGGCGGUCUCUUAUUUAUAGACUUGCAGAAGAGUAUCCUGAUUGCUUGAUGUUAAAUUUCACUAUCAAGCUGAUAUCUGAUGCUGGAUUUCAAGGUGAAAUCACUAGUAUCUCAACUGCAGCUCAACAAAUUGAAGUAUUCUCACGUGUAUUAAAAACUGCCAUUGCUGGGUUUCUUGAGAACACAGAAAACUGGCAGUCAAGUAUACAAGAAUGUGCGAAGAUGGUAUGCCAUGGUCAACAUACAUAUGUCUACAGUCAAGUUCUGUUACAAAUUCUCGCACAAGAGCCUCGUGGUGGCUUCAUGAUGAAAAGACUUUCUCAAGAGAUUACAAAGUGUGCUCAACAAAACCGACAUGACGUCACACCAAUAACUAUGGCGUUGAAUGGUGCUGCUACUAGUCCUAUAGCAUGUCAGGCAUUAUCGUCUAUGUUAUCAAGAAAUUGUUUAAAUCCUGCUGACAUUAGUUUAUUGUUUAGAAAUUAUUCAUCUGCAGAUCCACCUCCUAUUGAGUUACUACGUAAUCCUCAAUUUUUGGAGUUAUUGGUUGACACACUUUUUAAACCUGGCAUAAAAAUUAAUCCUGAACACAAGCCAAAGUAUAUAUAUUUAUUAGCUUAUGCAGCAAGUGUAUGUGAAACAUGCCCUAAAAGAAGUAAUACACGUAAAACUAAUAAGGAUGACCUGAAAACAACUAUUCAGGCAAUUGAAAAAGUGCAUAAUAUAUGUAAUGUAAAUAAAGGAUCAACUGAGUUAAUAGCAGAGCUACAAACUCUAUAUCAAUGUAUACGAUUUCCUGUUGUAAGUGUCGGUGUAAUACGAUGGGUGGAAUGUACUGUUACAGAACCCUCUUACUUUAAAUUGUGCACAGAACAUUGUCCUCUUCAUCUUGCUUUAUUAGACGAAGUUGUAGUUUGCCAUUCUUUAUUACAUCCAAAAGUAUUGAGACUGCUAGUACAAUUAUUUGAGAGCAAACAGGACGAAUUGGAGAUACUUGUACAGCUGGAAAUGAAGAAAAUGUUGAUCGACAGAAUGGUAAAUUUACUGAGCAAAGGUUGUGUAGUACCCGUUGUAUGUUACAUUAAGCAAUGUUGGCAACGCGGCGAUACAGAUGUGUCUCUAAUAAGAUAUUUCGUCACUGAGGUUUUGGAAGCGAUAGCACCUCCGUACUCAACUGAAUUUGUGCAAUUAUUUUUACCAAUGGUAGAAGAUGAAGAAAUUACUGGAACUAUGCGAGGAGAGAGCGAAAACGAUUUGGUUUCAGAAUUCAUUGUACACUGCAAGACACAUAGCCCUGUUGGAAGAUGACGUUACAAAAAUUAAAAGUAAAUAAACUCGAAGAACAAGGAUGUAUAACGGAUUUUUAUUCUAUCGUUAUACAUCACUUAUAUGGAUCAUAUGGCUGUAAACAUGUACAUAUUGGAUGAAUUCCAAAUCCAUCUGUGAUAUGAUCAUCUAAGCGUUUUCUGAAACAAAAGGAUAUAUACAUAGAUAAUGCUAUGUAAAUAUAAUUAAAAGAAAAACGCUUAUUAAUGAACACAUGAGAAAACAUGUUAUUUGCUUGAGAAAGAAAUUUACUGUUAUAAUCGUAACUGUAAAUUUAAGCAAUCAGUAUUAUUUUUUAGUUUAAAUACACAAGACAAAAUAUCACUCAAACAUAAAAACAUUUGAUUCAUCUUUGGAAGACACAAUAAUAUUGGUUGUUGAAAUUCUGAAGUAUCAUAAUAUCAAAAGACUGUUAUAUCCUUAGAUGUAAUUAAAAAAAAAGUGAAACCAUGUGCUAUAUUGUACAUACAUGGUAAUCAUUGUUCAUAAUAGAGGAAAAUAUUAGUAUCUUGUUAUAUUAAGGAUAUGUAUUAAGAUAGGAAAUAUAUUUUUAAGAACACACAUAUGUGUGAUACAGAUCAUAGACUUACUAAACAAUGAUCACAUCUUUUCAGCUGUAACAAAAUAUAUCUUACAUGUAAUACAAAUGUAUAAAAAAAAAUAAAUACUGUAAGAAAAGAAAA